AUGACCGAGUGGGACCUUGGUCCGCAUGCCCAGGAUCUGUUCGAUUCGGUCUUCAACUACUUCCCUAUUACAUUCAAGCCGCCACCAGGUGACCCUUACGGUAUCACUGCACAGGAUCUCAAAGGACGCCUUCAGGACUGCAUUUCCGCAUCCUCGGACUUCGCUCCGUACUCGUUCCCGGCCCUUCUCGAUAAGCUUGAUUCUAGCUCUAUCAAUACUAAGCGCGAUGUUCUAGCUGCUAUCAAGGGUUGCGUAGUCAACUACGAGCCCACUACCAUUUCUUUGUACUCGGUCACACUUUGGGACUCGCUCAAGUUUGAGAUUCUGAACGUCGAAGAGGAAGACUUGGCACAGGAAGCGCUCGCUAUUCUCGCUGCAAUCGCCAACCAAUUGAGCCAGGUUCAAGAGGGCGCACUCACCGCGUAUCUCAAACCAGUCAUCAAAGAGUGCAACGAACAUCUCGAAGAUGCGCCUACCAAACAAUCUCAGGCCGCUGGUCGCAUCAUCAACAGCAUUGCAAAGACCUCUCCAGAACUUGCCAACACAAUGACAAAGGCUAUCCUUCCUCACUUGUUCGAGCUAUUCCAGUCAUCCGAGUCAAUUGCCAAGCGACGUGGUCUCAUCGAAGUCCUCAAUUCGUUGAUUAGCGCGACCAAGGAUGUCUCGGAUCAGUGGAAGAUCUACAAUGCGGAAGGCGUCCUCGUGGCAGAUCGUGCUGAUGAGAGUGCGUUACGCGAUUGGAGCGCGGAAUCUCUCGAAGCCAUGCUCAGAGCUGUUGUCAACGCUCCCAAGUCUGAAGUAUCAUUCCGUCUUUUUGCGAUCGCAGGUCUCAUUGGUAUGGUCAAGAUUCCAAAGUUGUUAGCCGAUAGCGACGUGUCGCGCAUCAUUGAAUCAUUCACGGAUAUUAUCAUCCAAGAACGCUCCGCUGCAAACUCCGAGGUCGAGGGAGCGGCUAUUAGUGGGUUGGCCGUGGCCGCUCAUCAAAGCCCAAUCGUUACAUCGGAGAAGGCUCUACCCACAUUCCUUGCUGAGCUACCAGACAACCCCACUUCGGGCUCGGGGUACGAGAAAGUGCUUGAGGCAUUCACCAAGCUUAGUACAGAGACACAGGUCUUCGACACGAUUGUUCUGCGUCUGAAGAACAAGCUUCAGGCUGCUCUACACCAACAGGCCAACAUCACUUACGUCCACGCGCUUCUCAUGGCUAUUCUCUUUGCUUUCUCCAAUGGAUCACCAGGAACUGAAGAUGGAGUCAUCAAAUUUUCGUAUUUCUCAGACAUUGCAAAGCCACUUCUAGACCAAGCCCUGGGUCUCUUAGAAAGCGAUUCGCGCUCACUAAGCGACCACACAAGUACCGACAUCAUUGGCCGUAUUAGCAACAUCAUUCUCAAAUCACAAACAAUGCAUCUGCAGAAUCAAGUGUUGGCGGAGUAUGAGUCCUCUUUUAGCUCUUUCGGAGAGGACGCAUCCGAUGCCUACUCGAAAGCUGCCGUCAUCGCUUCGUUACAUCUCAACGCUGCUUUCCAGCGUGAGACUAUGACUCCCGAAUCAGCUACAAACCUUCUCGGAUCUCUGGCUCGUACCGCAAACAAUUCAUCAACGUUGCCAAACGUGCAACUCUCGGCUCUUCGACAGACUGCUUUAGUAAUAAACAAGUUCGUACCCCCAGCAGAUCUAGAGCAAUCUUUGAUCAGCACUUCUACGGACGUAGCAUCUCUGCUUGGAAAAAAUCGUUCUUCUGAAUCGAUAAUCUUGGCCUUCUCUGUUGCAAAGGGCUUGUUGAUCCAGGGCAAGAGUAACAAAUACACAACAGCUUAUCUUCAAAGCUUGUUGGAACUAUUAUCGGAUCCCACAUUCGGAAGCGUUGCAGCCCGCGGCUUCGUCACGAUCCUCGCACCUGACGACAUCUUGUCCAAAGAGAACCACUGCUACAUUUCUGGCCUUUACAAACAGAAAUCGUUCAAUCAGACAGUGCCUGCCAUCUCGGCCUCGAGCAAAACCGCCGAACCGGCCGUAAAACCAAACUACCUUGUCGCGUUAUCUGGAAUACUCAGAUGGUUGCCCUACGCAAUCAUCGAGAACUCNUUGUCAACACUCGUACCGCUUCUACUGCAAUCUCUCGAUCUGCAAGAUCAAGCCCAUCAAGAUGUCAAAUCCGCAACCCUAGCCUCCGUGGAAACCAUCAUUACGCAAAACGCAUCAGCACUCUUCGAGCACGCUUCGUCGUUGAUCUCGCGUCUGCUUGCAUGUACCGCAGCCCCAGAAAACACACCGCAGGUUCGUAAGGCUGCUCUGCGCUGCUUGACACACCUCCCAACUCAGUUCAAGAGGGAGGCGGUGGUUCCGUAUAGAAGACAGGUUGUUAAGCGGUUGAUGGGCUGUCUCGACGAUGGAAAGCGAGCUGUGCGCACCGAGGCCGUGCGUUGCAGAACUGCUUGGCUCAGCCUUGACCAAGAGGAUUCGGAUGAGGAGUAG